AGGCGCUUCUGUUUGGGGAGCGUUAUUAUUCUGGUUGCUGAAUGCAGGUGGUAGCUGUGCUUUUCUUUGCUUUCACCGGGUUUCCCAAGAUGGUUUUUUUUUUUAAUUCCAGUGCUAGACAAUGUCUUUCCCCAUAGCUCAGCAGAUGCACACCAAGGCUGGAAUGGCGCUAGUUGAAUCUGGGCUUACCAAAACCAAAAAACAAAUCGGAAAAUUUGAUGCUGUCUCCUGGCUUUUUGCAAUUCAGAUCUGGUAGUCCUCUUUUUGAGGAGAGGAUACAAAUGCUCAUUUUCUUGUCUUAGGCAAUUUCUUCUGUUCUGUAUCCCAUUAAUUUGCAGCCUCAGGGAGCAGCAGCUGGGAACUACUACUGUGAGAAGACAAAAGCAGCAUGCUGACCUUCUGUGCAUGAUUUCUCUCCCCCUCCCUCUGUAUUGAUAGACAUGUCAUCUGAAGACUUUAACACAGAAACAGAAAGAAUACAUCUUCAGAAUCUACAGUCUUAUUGCCAAUGAUGCAGGCAGUCAAGGACCCUCAUCUAGAAUGGCAGGGCAUCAUUAGGAGCCAUGUGGGAAUGAAUCUGCUGAGGGGGAGUGGUCCAAUUCACUUUGUUUAAAGGUCAGCUGCUGGCAGAGGAGAGCAGUGCUAAGAAGUAUGGUACUACAAUAAAAUCUGCUGGACAUGUGCUCUCAUGUGUUCAUGUAACGUGUUGAAUUGUAGGGUCUCUUUUUUCCAGAGUGGCUUGGAGAGAUCUGGAAAGCCAUAGAGGAUGAUUGUUCUUGGGCUGAAAAAAGCAUACAUUUGAACAAGGUCAUGCAUAUAAUAGGGAAUUAGUAAUUCAGCCCAGACCAAGCUUGCUCUCAGCAUGCUUUUAUCAGGAAUAAUAAAGCACCAGCAUCCAAACUCUCUCGGAGAGGAGCAACCAGAAAAACAAGAUGAGAAUUCUCGGUCCAAAAGCUUGCCAGUUCUGAAUGGGUCUGUUCCACAGAUUAAUACCACACAAAGUGCUCUCAUUGCAGCCAAAAAGAACUUCUUACAGAGUUUGCAGGGGGACUCUGAUCAGAGGUGUGGCCUUGACCCCGAUAUAUCAGCACAUCACAGUAAUGCUACUGCUACUUCUUCCAAGACAGUAUUGUCUUUUACAGCUUCCAGCUUUUCAAGAAUGAGGAAUUUCACUGAAAGAAGUGAAAGCAACAACUCUACUAGAUUAAGUAAUGGCAUGUCAACAGCUUCCACACUGCUAAUAAUCCCUGGUAGAAAAUAUCUUGCUAUAGUAUUGACAGAUUCUCGAUUCUUUUUGAUAUGUAUGUGUUUCCUGACUUUCAUUCAAUCACUAAUGGUCUCUGGUUACUUGAGUAGUGUUAUCACUACCAUUGAGAGAAGAUAUAGCUUGAAAAGCUCUGAAUCUGGGCUAUUGGUCAGCUGUUUCGAUAUUGGCAGCCUUUUGGUGGUAGUCUUCAUCAGUUAUUUUGGUGGACAAGGGCGAAGACCUCUGUGGCUUGCUAUUGGGGGGUUAUUUAUUGCCCUUGGGGCUGCCGUAUUUUCUUUACCUCAUUUCAUCUCUGCACCAUAUCAAAUCCAGGAAUUAAACUCCUCUGUUUCUAAUGAUGGCUUGUGUUUGACUGGAAAUAAUUCAGUGAAAGGGCACCUGGAAUUCUCAGGCUGUAUGAAGAAUUCACAUGGAAAUGGCCACUCACUCUAUGUAGCUUUGUUUAUUUGUGCCCAAAUACUCAUUGGAAUGGGCUCCACACCUAUCUACACUCUAGGACCAACCUACUUGGAUGAUAAUGUCAAGAAAGAAAACUCAUCACUCUAUCUAGCUAUCAUGUAUGUAAUGGGAGCUCUUGGUCCUGCAGCAGGAUAUUUAUUAGGAGGUGUUCUUAUUGGGUUUUAUGUACAUCCUACAAGUACUGUUCAGAUUGACCAAAGUGACCCACGGUUCAUUGGUAACUGGUGGAGUGGAUUCCUCCUUUGUGCUAGUGUGAUGCUUCUUGUUAUACUUCCAAUGUUUGCUUUUCCCAAAAAGCUCCCACCUCGACACAAGAAAAAGAAAAAAAAGAUGCACUCUGAUGAUGUUUCAGGUGAUGAUGAUAUUGUGAAAGAAAAAGUGAAUAGCAAAAAAGAGCUAGACUCGGAAAUUCCUACAUCAAUGGGCUUUGGAAGGAAUGUUAAAGAACUUCCAAGAGCAGCUUUCAGGAUCUUAAGCAACAUGACAUUCCUUUUUGUGAGUUUGUCAUACACAGCUGAAUGUGCCAUUGUUACUGCUUUUAUUACCUUUAUUCCCAAGUUCAUUGAGUCACAGUUUGGCAUCCCAGCUUCCAAUGCCAGCAUCUACACUGGUGUGAUUAUUGUUCCAAGUGCUGGUGUUGGUAUUGUCCUAGGAGGUUACAUUAUAAAAAAACUGAAACUUGGUGCAAGAGAAUCUGCAAAACUAGCAAUGAUUUGCAGUGGCGUAUCUCUGUUAUGCUUUUCAACACUCUUCAUAGUUGGAUGUGAAAGUAUUAAUCUAGGAGGUAUAAAUAUACCAUAUACAACAGGACCUACUCUCACCAUGGCACAUAGGAAUCUGACUGGAAGCUGUAAUGUUAAUUGUGGCUGCAAAACCCAUGAAUACAAACCUGUGUGUGGAUCAGAUGGGAUCACAUAUUUUAACCCUUGUCUUGCUGGUUGCAUUAGCAGUGGAAAUUAUAGCACAGGAAUAAGAAAUUAUACAGAUUGUGCCUGUGUCCAAAGCCGACAAGUUAUCACACCACCCACAGUUGGACAGCGUAGCCAGCUAAGAGUGGUGAUCGUCAAAACAUAUCUCAAUGAGAACGGCUAUGCUGUAUCAGGAAAGUGUGAUAGAACCUGCAACACACUCAUCCCUUUCCUCAUUUUUCUCUUCAUAGUAACACUUAUCACAGCAUGUGCCCAACCAUCAGCAAUCAUAGUAACUCUCAGGUCUGUGGAAAAUGGUGAGAGGCCUUUUGCCCUUGGCAUGCAAUUUGUUUUAUUAAGAACUCUUGCAUACAUUCCUACCCCAAUUUAUUUUGGUGCCGUCAUUGAUACUACCUGCAUGCUGUGGCAACAGGAAUGUGGUGUGCAAGGCUCAUGUUGGGAAUAUGAUGUGACAUCAUUUCGUUUUGUGUACUUUGGUCUGGCAGCUGGUCUCAAAUUUUUUGGCUUCCUAUUCAUUUUCCUUGCCUGGUACACCAUUAAGUAUAAAGAAAAGAAGCAGCAAAGGCAGCUGUGGGAAGAUGCUCCUGUCAGCACUGUGAGCGCAGUAGUGUGUAACAAAGUUGCUCAGCAAAACUAUGCAAGGACUAGAUCCUGCCCCACGUUUAUCUCUCAAAGUGACCAUGGUAACAAUGUCAAUCUAACAACAACAAUACAUUACACAGCACAAACCUGUCCCGGCCCCCUUACAAUAGAAGCAAUAACCACGUCAGUUGAGAAGCCUUCACAAGAAGUCACUCCUGAAAUAGAUGGGCCCCUUCAGUAACUUCAGAUUAUUAUUUAUUUGUACAUAUUAAGUAUGGGGCCUUUUGAAACUCUUGUGCCUUCUUUUUCCUAACAAGAUCUGCCACUAAGCUUAAUGCAUAGAGCCAUGGCUUAUCUGAGGGCUGGUUACCUCCAAACAACUUUCUUCUUUUGGGAAACUGUAAUGUUAAAGUAGGUUUGCAAGCCCUUUAGGUAUGUCUAUUCAAGAUGCAUGUUCCAGGCAAAUGCUAAUAGAUUCCUUUGCGAAAAUCGGUUCAGAUAGGAAUGUGUGCCACUAGUGAAGAUAAUGCACCCAUGAGUCUUGAACUAGGGAAGAACAAGUAAUUAUUUUUAAUUCUAUUUCAAAGCACAACUUAUCUUAGCUAUGCAAUGCGAACUGGAUAAUUUGUUUGGUUCUGUAUAUUUUUAAAUCAAAAUUGUCAAUCACUUGACUUGGAAAAGAGGCUAUUUGAAGUGAUAAAAUCUCCAAUUAAACAUUUUAUUUUAAGAGAUAGAACAAAUAAUCUUAAAACAAAUCAAUAAUAGGACAAGUUAUUGAGAAUUUGUUUUAUUUUAAUAUGUAAGUGUAUUUUUAAUUUUUAUUGCAAAUUUAUAACUUAGUGAUUUCAAUACUAUUUUGUAAUAACGUUAAAGCGUAACAAACGUAUCAAUAAUUACUGGUUGGUAUUUGCAUAUUUUUGCAAGAAGCAACAAUCAGCUGCAGAUUUCCUAUUGAGUCCACCAAAUCCAAAUUUAAGAUUAUUUUGUUUCUGUGCAUGCAGAAACUAACUUUGAUUGUGUGGAAAACUGAGAUGACUCUAGUAUCUAAUCUUCUGCUGGUAUGGUACACUGGUUAUUUGUUCUGACACAUGGCCCAGAUUGCUCUUUAUAUACCUCAACAUGCCCUAAAUAUCAAUCUGAGCAUAUGCUGAUACAGUCAAAUGAUUGCUUUGCCAAGUUGUCUACUCUUAGAUUCCUACUGAUUCAUGAGGGAGAAUUACAAGCCUUAAGAAUCCAUUUCAUAUUAAAGGCUUGUCCAGACCUGCUUAUAUUUCAGCAAUUGGAGCCUACUACAUUUCUUUGUCAGCAAUGGAAAUUAUCUUGGGCAUCCUGAUCUGAUUGUCACUUUUUCAUUACUGGGACAAAAAGGUGUGUGUUUAUAGAUGCCAAUAUCUAGAGAAGCUGAGACUGAAACUACACAUAUAAUAUUCAGUUGUGCAGCUCUUUCAUCCUGCCAUUAAGGAUUUUUAAUGCAAAAGAUCUACCAGCUUGAGUGGAACAUUUGCAAGGUAAGUCGAUGCUUAUUGAUUUUCCAUCCUGCCAUCAAAAUUAUACAUUUCAACUGUUUUUUUCAUAUUGUUAGCCCUCUUAUCUUUUUCUUCUUGGAGGAGGAGGAGGAAUUCUGAAGAGACAAAUGGCAAGAAUAAAUUACUGCUUUUUGCAUUUGCCAGUAUUAUUUCAUCUUUUUAAAAAAACAUUAAGGAAAAAAUCAUGCCUCUGAGGCUUACAUAUUGCUAAAAUCAAAAGUACAGGUUAGCUUUCCAUUGCACAGAUAUGCUAAUACACUUUAAAAGAGUGUGAUUCAUAGGCAAUACUCGGGUAUAUUCCUCAAGAGGUCACAAAAGCCUUGUUCGGAUCUCUUUUGGAAGUGUUAUGUCUCAUCCAAUUGCACUGUGCUAUUUUUGAAUCUAACAUAUUUUGUUACAGUAUUCUGUUGUCUGAUUCUGAGAUUAGAGGAUCUCUUAAUUCACACAGUGAGGAGCAGUUCCCUAGGCAGGACCAAUUUGAUGUUAGGAUAAAUUCAAAAGGGGCUUCUGAGAUGUAGCUGUCAAAAAGUUGAAAUGAGAAUAUGGUCAGGCCCCAACUCCUUCUGCAUCCCUCAAAUAAUCUUUAGAGUGGUAAUCCAUUGAGAGGAAAUGCCUAUUAGCAGGGGAUGUAAAAAAAAAGUGAAAUAGUUCAUAUGGCAAUGAAUAAGCAAUCAAAGCUUAGUUGCUAAGGACCUGUAGAAUGUGCAUAGGGUUUAUGUUAGGAUAUAUAUUGAAGAAAAAUGAGGUUAGGGAAUAAUUGAUGGAGGAAUUUGAAGAGUGGGAAGACACCUUAUAUUUAUCAGGUUGUGUUCUAAAUAUUUGAAAGCAUCAGCCUAUCUGAACUAAGCCUAUGAAUGACGUUGCAUUCUGAUGCCAUGUAUUGAACAUGUAUAGUGUUAGCUUGCUGGUUGAAUGGCCAGUUGCUGUGUCUCAGACAUACAUCUUCCAAGUACUGUGCAUGUCCAUGUACUUUUAUUUUGUCACUGCAGUAACUUAAAAGAGCAAUAGGUUAGCCAUGCUCUAUGUUUCCUAAUUUCGGUAUUAUUUUUUUUAAGCUGUGGAAGAGAAACUAGAGAGCAUGCACCAAUGUAAUACUUCAACAUAUAACUAAAGAAUUUCGUUAUCUCUUUGUCCCAUCCUAGAUUAAGUGUUAAAUCUUUCAAUGUAUAUAUAAUGUACAUGGAUGUAGAUUGCUAUAAAUACUAACAUAUAUUUAUUAAUAUAGUAUUAAGAUUAUUUAUGCAAACCUACCAUUGCCUCAAAAGUGUCAUUAUUCAUUCAGUAUUGAUUGCAUACUUGAAAUUUGGAAGUAGAAAGUGUAUCCAAUUUGUUGGCUAAUUGUAGUCUACCAAGAGAAUGUAAAGAGAGAACUCAAAAGAGAGGAAAGAGAACCAUUUCAGCCUGAAGGGGAUCAGUGCUCAUAUUUGCUUAAAUGGAAGUACAACUCUCUAAAUGUACCUUAGUGUAAUGUAAGGUUUUAAUUUGCACUGACAACUUUACUCCUAUCAUAGCAAAUGUGAGUAUAGCUCCCUUUCAGAUUUGCUUUCUGCAUCUAUGGAGAUAGGAAACAGGUGGGCCGAGUUUUGAGCUCACCAUGUAUUCUGGCAAACUUUUGAAUGGAGCUUCUGACUAUACAUAUCAGUUCAUUAUGUCAUUUAAAAAUUGGUACUGUUCUUUUUUUCUGCAAUGUAGUCAUAAAAUGGAGAGCACCCUAGAUUAGCAUUGGGCAGCUAUCCCAAAGUUUUCUUUUAAAGUAUUGUCUACCAGAAAAUGUAUAUUGGUCCUCUAAUGUAAAUAAUCAGCUUGGAACUGAUCAACUGGUGCUAAUGGGAUAAAAGAAUUCCCUCAUGAGGCUGAAAAAUAUUUCAAAUAGCUGCUCAGGUGCUUACUUUGCAGGACUAUCAGCUUAAUGGUAAGUCUGCAAUAUACUCUUGCUCCAUAAAUUUUCAUGAAGUAACACAACUUUGAACUAGUUUAAAUAUUUUAACUAAAAGAAUUGGUUAUCGUUAGCUAACUAGAUAUCUUUAAUUGUUGAAUCUGGAAACAAUUUUCUGGCAGAGCAUAGCGAUAGCCAAAGCCUUGAUGAUCUGGUGUCCUGCCAAGCUUGCUAAUUGCUUUACUUUUAGCUAUAGUGGUGUGGAAGUCUAGGAAUUAAAAUUUGGUGCAGCUGAGGAGCAGCUUAGGAGGGAAGGUUUCAGACUAUGGUACCGUUACCAUAGUCUGAAACCUUGAACACAAGGUUGAAUGAACACAAAAUGUACAAUAGAUGAUCCUUGAUUACUCCCAAAUUACUGCCCCUCUCAGUCAUUUGGUUAAUAUUGAACUGGUGGUAAAAACAAAAGAAUUGUGACCUUUGAUUUUUGAACUUAAAAAUAAACUUUCAGAACAGAACUGUUAGCCAAAACCAUGUGUAGUUAAAAUACACUGUAUGCUGAAGAAUCUAAAAAAAAAAAAAAGCUGUUCAAAAAGAAUCCAGGGUUGAACUUAAUAUUUUUAAAUAUGCAAUUUUGAAUCAUUACUUUUUUAUACUUCACACACUCCCCCAUUAAUAAAUAGACAAGAUUGUAUAUUUUUUCCAUUGAUUUCAGGAAAACAGCAGUAUGUUGUAUAUUAUAUUUUGUUUUAAUCCUACUAUACCUGAAAGAGGGAAAUACUAUUAAUCAAGGGGCAGACUAGUUAAAAUGUUAAGUUUUGAUAAAUGUUUUUAAGUGUGUCAGUUAGGAAACUAUGACUUGCAUGUGUAAAAAAAUGGAGAUUUGUGGAAUGUUAUUUUUUUUAAUAAAGAUUUGAACUAGUAUUUAUCUCUCAGUGGAACAAAAACCAGUUUUCAAACUCUUAUGUACAAGCAUGUGUAAAAUUUUAUGGACAAUAUGUGUAAAUAGCUGUUUGCAAAUGAACCUUUAGUACUUGGCAUUUUGAAAUAAAAAUGACUUAACUUUG